UGAUUUGUCAUUCUAAUUGACUAAUUUUAUUCAUCUUUAUCUUUCAAACAUUGUAUUAUCAAGUACUAUCACAAAAAUAGUAUGUGUUAAUUAUACCUAAUUUAUAUUUUGAAAAAUGGUUUUUAAAACUUCAUAAUGAGAAAUUAAAAAAGACUCAGCUCAACAGAAAAGUUAAUUUUACUUUAAUUAUUUUCUCAUAAUUAUACAAUUAAUUGAAAGAAUUGAAUAUUGUAACAUUCAGUAUAAUCAAAGUGUAGAAUUGUGAUAUUAUUAUCACGGUAUUUAAGCGUGACUACUGAAACUUGAUCUUUGUUUAUUUGAUAGCUAAAAAUUUUCAAAAUGAAGAAAAAGGUUUUGCUGAUGGGUAAAAGUGGCUCUGGCAAAACAAGUAUGCGAAGUAUCAUAUUUGCUAAUUAUAUUGCAAGAGAUACUAGGCGAUUAGGUGCUACAAUUGACGUUGAACAUAGCCAUGUUCGAUUUCUUGGUAAUUUAGUGUUAAAUUUGUGGGAUUGUGGAGGACAAGAAGCAUUCAUGGAAAAUUAUUUUGCUUCCCAACGAGACAAUAUAUUUAGAAAUGUUGAGGUUUUAAUCUAUGUUUUUGAUGUAGAAUCACGAGAAUUAGAUAAAGACAUGCAUUAUUAUCAAAGUUGUUUAGAAGCUAUUUUGCAAAACAGUCCAGAUGCAAAAAUAUUUUGCCUUGUUCAUAAAAUGGACUUAGUUCAAGAAGACCAAAGGGAUAUAAUAUUCCGAGAAAGAGCUGAAGAUUUAAAAAAAUUAAGUCUUCCACUUGAAUGUACAUGCUUCAGAACAAGCAUAUGGGAUGAAACUUUAUAUAGGGCUUGGUCAUCUAUUGUUUACAUGCUAAUACCUAAUGUUAAAGAAUUGGAACAAAGUUUAGAACAAUUUGCAAACAUAAUUGAUGCUGAUGAAGUGUUGUUAUUUGAAAGAGCAACUUUUCUAGUAAUCAGCCAUUGUCAAAGAAAAUUUCAUCGAGAUGUACAUCGCUUUGAAAAAGUUUCUAAUAUAAUUAAACAAUUCAAACUAAGCUGCAGUAAAUUAGCAUCACAGUUCACUAGUAUGGAAGUUAGAAACACUAAUUUUGCAGCAUUUAUUGAUGUUUUUACUUCUAACACUUAUGUUAUGGUAAUAAUGUCAGAUCCUGGAAUCCCAUCAGCUGCAACAUUGAUAAAUAUUCGUAAUGCUCGAAAACAUUUUGAAAAAUUAGAACGUGUGAGUCAAAGUUCAGCUUUAAGUGGGUAAAAUUUGAGUAAGUCACGGCAAUCUUUCACUUUAACAUUUUUUUAUUAAAUAAUUCAUCUAAAUUUUGUUGAAUUAUAAAAAAUUAUAUUUAUCAUAGGUUUUAGUCUAAAAUAAAAUGCAUAUUUUUUAUUU